AUGGUGAAAAAAAGCAAAGAGAGAAUUUUUGAUAGAAAACUUAUAGAUUUGGAAGAACAGUUAAUGACGAUUACAAAGUGCCCUCCUGAGAAAAUCGAUGAAUUUAAAAAUACCUUAAAUAGCUUUAAGGUUGUUUAUAAACGUAACUGGCAAGCCUGUAGAAGGAUAGAUUGUCGUUUCCUGAAAAAAAAUCAAGAAUGGCUAAACGAAGAAAUUUCAUUUCCAACCGCCCUAGUUUCCGGAAGUUCCAAAGGCCGCCCAAGUAAAGAGUUCAGCGAAUUAAGUGACCGGUCAAAAAGACGUCAAACAAUGGAGCUCAGGUUAAAUGUUCUUCUUGAUAAAUUGACAUACGCUACACAAAUGAGUCAGCGAGCUGCAGGAAAUAAUGACACCGCAAAAAUCCUUAUAACUAACUCUCCAACUAUGGCAGCGAAGUUUCGAAGAUCAGCUUCUGUUAAUAGUCAAACAAAUACUACGCACAAACACACGCCACAAGAAGCACUGGCCAUAUUGGUUGAAGCGAAUUUGACCAUGAGUCAAUACGAGGUAAUCCAUCAGGCCAAUAGGGAUAUAUAUCCAUGUUAUAAAUAUGUUCAAAAAGCUAAACAAGAUUGCUACCCACAAAACAUUGUUGGCGAAUCUUUUGCUGAGGUGAAACUGCAAGAUUUGGUUAAUCACACAACUUUGAGACUAUGGAAGUAUUUGGAACCAGUCAUCGAGGUCUAUGGAAAUAAAUAUAAAAAUUUUGUUCUUAUAUUUAAGUGGGGAUGUGAUGGAUCCCAACAAAAGCAAUAUAAGCAAAAGUUUGAAGAUAACAGUGAUAGCGAUGGUGUAAGCCAUUUUUCCAAUUUUUCCAAAGGACCAAUUCACACCCAACAACAACAAUUUCAAUCUACUCCUAUGUCAGGUGUAUCCCGCUUCUCAAAUUUUACUGCAAGAACAAUUCAAAACUCUCCUCAAAACCAAACAUAUUUUCGAUCAUCUGGACCUAAAAAUUUUAAGGCCGAAGAACUCAAUAACUUUAAAAAUAAUCCCACAGGUGAUAACGACCACUUUGAAGAUAAUGCUUAUUCUUUAAAUGACAAUGAACUAGAUACCGAGUAUACAUGUGAUACACAACAAUACGAGGAAAAUGACACCGAUGAACUACAAUUUUAUGAUAAUGAAAAUAAUGUAGAAUAUGAAAAUUUUAUUUUAGGUGCCCAUACGCCACACAAAACAUAA